CAGCGUGACGUCAUGUAAAGCUACCGGGCGUCUUUACGCAGCAGCUACGGGCGCGAUCCUGUGCGUACGAGAAAAGCAGUGCUACGGGUGUUUCCCUGCCGCCAUAGCUAUCGUGCUGAUGGCGUGAGUAAUCAACGUGAACUGCGUCAUUUUCUCUCGUCGCUACGAUUCUGUUCCGGAAGUGACCUACAUACAUGUGGGGCCAUGUACUUUCAAAGAACAAAGAGCGAGGCAGAUGGCGAAACAGUUGGUGAUGCGCGGUACACAGUCGCAGGAAUAUUAUCAUCAAUGGCAAACGGUGCAUCGACUGCCAACCCUGUCAGACCAAACAGUCUUGCUAUAUCGUCGACAUCAGCUACGACACUAUCACAUGACGCGUCAACCAUCCCCCUGGUCUGUGGCGUGACGACGGUGACCACGCCAACGUUAACGCCGACGACGGUGGCCAAUAUUGAGCAGACGUUCCUGGAGCUUACAUCUGUGCCAGUGACGACGACUGCACAGCAUGCUGCAAAUCAGGCUGGGUUCGUGCCGCCGAUAUAUGACAACACGACAUCAAGCGACAUGUCGCGUGAGUCAUUUCACUCGGUGGAAGACGACGCCAUCUACUGGCAGCACGCGCCGGCGCAGCUUGGCAUUCCGGACAUCAUGAUCGGUCGGCCAGCAGAUGUGAGCACGAUAAGCACAAUGGGGACGAUACCAAUGCCGGCCGUCUCACGCAAAACUGGCGGCCGCCGAAUCAAGCAAGAAAACCUCACACCAGAAGAAGAAGAGAGGAAACGUGUUCGACGAGAGAGGAAUAAACUCGCAGCUGCAAAGUGUCGGAAACGAAGACUGGACCAUACAAACACUCUUAUGCAGGAAACGGAGAAGCUGGAGGAUGAGAAGAGUCAGAUAGAGGAGGAGAUACAUGAGCUUCAGAGUCAGAAGGAACAGCUGGAGUUCAUUUUGCGGGCACACAUGCCGAUAUGCAAGCGGCGUAACACGGGCGAUACCUCCAAGCCAUUCACAGACAUCUCUCAGUUAAGGGUUGCGACAACUCACGCGCACCCGACGUCGGUCGUCGUCACGUCCGUCGUUACGCAGCAGCCUGAGAAGCCAGCCACCAGCACGUCGCCAACGACGACGUCCUCCAGCGUGUUUAAGCUGGGUGACGAGGCGCUCACGAGCGGUGCGAGACUGACACCGGUGAUAGUGGCUCCAGCAGGGGCAUACGAUUCCAAACGGAAGGACGACUCGCAGCGUGAUCUCAGCGACGACGUAAAGUCGUCGGCAAGUUUGGUGAAACUGUGAAGGCGUCGACGGUGGCCGCGACUCGUCGCCGCGCUAGAAGGACCACGUACCACAUUCCCCCCGCGCUGUGAGCGGCUGACCACACUGGCCAGCUGACCGCGCUGUGGCCAGCUGACCGCGCUGUGAGCGGCUGACCACACUGGCCAGCUGACCGCGCUGUCGGGCUACCACACUGUGGCCGGCUGACCGUGCUGUGAGCGGCUGACUGCACUUUGGCCGGCUGACCGCGCUGUGGCCGGCUGACCACACUGUGGCUGGCUGACCGCGCUGUGGUCGGCUGACCGCGCUGUGGCCGGCUGACCGCACUGUGGCCGGCUGACCGCACUGUGGCCG